AUGUCGAGCGCUACAAUUGUCGAUGAACCUAACCCUCAUAACCUGAUAUGGUGGACGAACAGGCACUUAUGGUACGAUGUUGCGAUGAACACCAUCAUUAUAAUCCUCAUCACUGAUGCUGUCUUACAUAUGACUCUAAGAGCCCACAAGAUUCCCUUAGAUGAUAAUAUUGAGCAAUCUGGAGCUGUAUAUAUGCUCGCAGCUGCGUACGGGCUUGUCACCUAUAUUAAUUUUGCGAGUUGGAUGACUAAGGAUGAAGAGUGGUUACUAGCAAUUUACAUCAUGGGACGCAUCGGUCAUACAUUAGGCUUCUGUAUUUUCCUCUGCCUCCUCUAUUCUAUUUCUCACUUGGCUAUGUACAUUGCUCUACUUUGUUUCCUAUGGUUGGUACCAGCCAUGUUUGCACCGUGUUGUCCAUGUCUAUGGAGAGGAGAGCCAGCUUGGUGGAACUUUGUGCAGAAACCACAAUCCACAGUAGCUAUUGUUUAA